GCACGCCUCUUAUAUAAAAGCUCAAUACAACUAUUGCGUCCAUCAGACGGACGAAUUUGUUCAACUAUUCAAUGAUAGGGAAAUACGCUUUCAAGUAAUAAUUUCAAAUUCAGAACAUUUAAAAGGGCAAAUUUCCUUUCGCCUUGGAGAAAAGAAGGAAAACACGUUUCUGAAAAGUAUCUAAUCAACCCGAAUUGAUAGCAGGUGUGAAUCAUGUCUGUGUAUUCUCCUCUGAUACACUGCAUAGUGUUUCUGCCCACCAAAGACAUGACCGAGGUGAUGAUCAACAGCACGCCAAUGGACGACAUGAGGCUCAGUCCGAGCAAGGACAGGCUCACCUUCCAGAUCUUCCCGGACCCCUCAGACUUUGAUCGCUGCUGCAAGCUGAAGGACCGCCUGCCCUCUAUAGUGGUGGAGCCGACUGAGGGGGAGGUGGAGAGUGGAGAACUGCGCUGGCCCCCAGAAGAGUUCCUUGUCAGUGAAGAGGAGGAGGAAGAUGAGGAGGAGGAGGAGCAGCAGAAUGGCAGUAUUCAAAAUGGACAGCCGAUGCAGAAUUCUGAGCAUUAAACGCAGAUUUUUCUGUUUUUGCUGCAUUUGUUCACCCAAACCUCUUCCAUCCAUCUCUCUUCAACCUGCUCCCACCCCAAUUACCCGCACUGGCUGUACUGCACUUGGCAGACACAAUGGCAGGCACAUAUUAAAGUCUAUUGACGCCAUCUUCCUCUGACACCAAAGCAUCACUUCCACAAGAGAAGCAAUACAUACACAUUCUCACGUAUACUUUUUUACAAUUUCAAAAAAAUGUCUUUCUUAGGACUUGUGAACCACCCAUUCCGGCUUGGGGACAGACCAGAGACAUGGAGUUGUAAACUAGAUUUUUAUACCAUGGUACCCUGCUUGUCUGGACCCAAAACGGAUGCCGUGUUUGCCAGUGGCAGAGCUAGGCUCCAACGAUGGAGUUGCACUGCUGGUGUCCGUGACGGUGUCCAUUCUUUCCUUUCCAUGGCUGGUGUCAUGACCCUAGAGACUGUCAUUGUCCCAUGACGUUGUUGCUGUGGUACCUGUGGGGACUGUUGUCUGAAGUACAAUGUCUAGUUUCUCCUUUGAAACUUUUUUUUUUUUAUUGUGAGUACCAUUGCUGUCUGCAGCUCUGGGUUUGUGUAAGUUGUUAAUCGGGGGAGAUGUUUCCAAACUCGUCACUAUUUUGAUGUAAUCUAACUGUUGAAAGAUCCUUAUCGAUGACACAUGGUGAAAGGCUUGCCAUAUGGCUCCUGUGCAAAGCGGACUGCAAAGUAUUUACAUGCAGAGAAGGAGUAGGACUGUAAACCAGCUUUUCAAUGGGCAACAUGUUAUGUGCGGAUAUGAUUAACGAGGUCAAGAACUGAGGUGUACGAUUGCAGUUGACGGGCUCAUGUGUACACCGUCGGCUUUAGUGAGGUUAAGGCUUCAGCUGACCAACCUGGGGUAGUUGGUCACAAGUUUAAAACAGGCCCUGUUAGAUAUAUAUGUAUAUAGCCUCAUGGAGCCCAGCCUAGAAGCCUUGUAGUGUUUUGAUAUAUCCUUUGUGUUCCUAUCGCAUUGAACUUAUUGUUUUUUCUUUUCUUUCUCUUUGAAGGGGGUGGGGGAAUGAGGGAAAGGACUCCCUAGUGUGUGUUGACCAUUGUAGCUUUCUUUUAAGUCUUCCUGAUUUCAAGUCAGCCAUUAUGUUUAACGCAACAACACAACAGAUGGUGUACAUCGACGCUGAUGCUGUCACUAUCUUGAGGAAAUGUCCAAUACACUGGUCCCAACGUUUCACAAAAUGAUGUCAAGGGUGAAGGACCCGCUAGUCUGAUGUAUGAAGUCCUUUUAUUGUCAUUCGGUUUGAGGCAUGCAAAUGAUUUGCCUCUAUGCAAUUGAAAUUGAUGGGUGCCUCCACUGUUUUGUACACCCAACCAUUUGGAACACUUGUUUUUUUCAUGUUUAUGUUUUUUGAGAAGUCGUGACUUGUGUACACGUCUUUUGAGCAAUGUGGAGUUACUAUAUUUUCUACUUUAUUCCUUUUGAAUGGCAUUAGAGCUGUGUACAGGGAAACUGCUGUCCCUUGGCCCCAUGUUUUUAUAAAGCUCAGGGAGAAUUGGCCGCCAUCUUUUUGUUUGUGUGUCUGUGUGAGUGAGCGUGUGCAUUUAGACCACUUUCUCUGUGAUGAAUACAGAGGUUGUAAAUAAACAUGAAUUUGCUUUAAAA